AUGAAAACGCUGCUUGCUUCACUCCCUGUAAUACUCGGCGCCUCCCUCAUUCACUGCACGCCGACAUCACUUCGACCCAUCAGGACACCUGCUCCCCGGAGUCCAGAACACCCCUUUAAUGCCUCGAUACGUCCCCUAGUGUUGUGGCAUGGUCUCGGAGACUCGGCGAAUUCUGAGGGUAUGCAAGCGUUCGCUCAACUUGUGAGGGAUGUCCAUCCCGGACUCUUCGUUCACAGUAUCUACCUUGAGCAUACUGAGGAUGCAGACCAAAAGGCUGGCUGGUUCGGAAAUAUCUGGGAACAACUGGGAAUUGUCAGUGCUCAGCUAAGCAGUAUUGCGGAGCUUGAUGAUGGGUUUGACGCUAUUGGCUUUAGUCAGGGUGGUCAGUUCCUCCGUGCCUACGUUGAGAAGUACAACAAACCUCCUGUCUUCAAUUUGAUUACGUUUGGGUCACAACACAUGGGUGUUGCUGAUCUCCCUGUGUGCCGUCCGGGCGACUUAUUCUGCCUCCUCGCUCGAUCCAUUGCGCGCCGUGGCGUGUAUUCCACCCACGCUCAGACUCAUCUCAUUCAGGCUCAAUAUUUCAGGGACCACGCACGACUGCAGCUCUAUUAUAAACAAAAUAAAUUCCUAACAUCAAUCAAUGGGGAAGUGGAGGAAACCCGUAACGAGACGUUCAAGAAAAACCUCUUGGACUUGGGGAACUUUGUGAUGAUUCUGUUUGACCAGGACACCACUGUCGUCCCUAAGGAGAGCAGUUGGUUUGGUUCAUACGUCCCACCUGAAGACGGUGAUCGGAAGGGGCCACGUUGGGGAGAGGAAGUCCUUCCAAUGCGGGAGCAGCCGUUAUACAAAGAAGAUUGGAUUGGACUAAGAAAAUUGGACGAAACUGGACGUGUAACGAUGAUUACUUGCGAAGGAGAGCACAUGCAUAUCUCGCGCGAAUGUUAUCUGCCUAUCGUCGAACAGUAUGUCGGCAAAGUUAUGGAAGCUGAUUCCAUCAAUGGAGGCCUAGUUUCGUCACAAGGGGGUUUGAUAAUUCAACAUUGA